AUGAGUGCAAUGGAUUUAGACACGGACGUGUCCACUGUUUUGGCCACUUUAAGACUGCAAACUGAAAAUGCCGAUUUAGUGAACCUCUUCUACGAAUUUGAAGAUUACUAUGAAAGAAAGUUGUGGCAUCAAUUGACCUUGUCCUUGGGUCAAUUUUACAACUCACCCAUCACAAAGGAUGCCAACAUACGCACAAAGAUCUAUGACUUAUUCGUAAGUGGAAUCUCACUGAAAUUAAACCAAAUUCAAGUUGUUGACUUUUUGUUAUCUUCUUUCGAAGAUUGCGAUUUGAACAACGAGGAAUCUGUUCAAAAGGCUACUGAAAAGUUGAAGGAUUUACAAACAAACAUCAAGACUUUGUUCUUGACUGAAAACGCCAAGAAUGAUGAUGCUGAGAAAGCUGUAGAAAAUGAUGAAGCGGUAAUUUAUGUAAGCUUACAAUUGGCACGUUUCUACUUGUUGUCCAAAGACAAUGCCACACAACGUCAAGCAGAUGAUAUCUUGGAAGAAAUCAAUGGUAAAUUUGAAGGUAGUCAUGAAAACGAGUUCCAACCUACUAUCAAUGCUGCCUUUUACUUGACCAAAUGUCAAUUGUACAAGAUUCGUGAAGAUUAUAACCAAUACUAUGCUAAUGGGUUACUCUACUUGUCUGCCAUAGCAUCAGAAAAGAAGGGUGCUGCCUUGUCUAUCGUGGAACAACAGUCCUUGUGCCACGACUUGGCCAUUGCUGCCCUUUUGGGUGACAAGAUCUACAACUUUGGUGAGUUAAUUUUACAUGACAUUUUAAAGUCUUUGGAAGGUUCACAAUGGGAAUGGUUAUAUAACUUGAUUCAAAACUUAAAUACUGGAAACUUGAAAGGUUUCAACCAGUGGUUGAGUGAAGGAUUAAAGCGUGCUCCGUUUUUAGCCCAGCAUGAAGUCUUUUUAAAGCAAAAGAUUAUUAUUAUGGCUCUUUUGGAGUUGAUUUCCUUGAAGCCAGCUGCCAACAAGGUGUUGAAGUUUGGGGAAAUCUCCGAGUUCACUGGUGCCGAUGAGAAUGACGUUGAGUACUUGAUCAUUAAGUGUUUCUCAUUAGGUUUAAUUAAGGGAUAUAUUAACCAAAUUGAAUCUUCUUUAAUUGUUACCUGGUUACAACCAAGAAUCUUAAAUUUGGAUCAAGUCAAGGUUUUGUAUGACCACUUGGUUAAGUGGGAUAACGGAGUCGAGAAGUUGGGCCAAGAAAUCCAUGAAAACGGUGGAUCAAUUUGGGCAGGUGUUUAG